UCAGCUGAUAUCAGUCAGCCCCGUGACGAUGAUCUGCUCAUUCGACCGCACGACAUUUUCCUCUCGCAGCACGCCCUCGCCCCUCGGCACAUACUGACUGUCGUACCCUUCCUCUCGCCAUUUCCUGCAGCUGCAGAACCACGUGUGGCCACCACUGCAACCACUGGCGUCGUGUGUCUUGCACUUGCCCAUGUCAACGGCGAGCGUCAGCACCGUACCCUUACGAUGGUGGCGGGCGAAUGCAGUCGCCUUGCUGUAGUCGCGCGUGACGUAGAUGCCGGGGCCGAACAU